AGGCCCGCCGCCCGUCCCGACCGCGGACGCUAGAAGGUGGGGUGCUCAUCAUCUGCGUGAGACUUCUGAGACUGCGGCCAGAGCCCCGCCGCCCGUCCCGACCUCUGAAGCGGGAAGGCGGGCUGAUGCCCGUCAUCUGCGUGCGACUUCCGAGACUGCGGCUGGAGGCCUGCCGCCCGUCCCGACCCCGGACGCUAGAAGAUGGGAUGCUCUUCAUCUGUGUACAACUACUGGGGCGACGGUUGGAGCCCCGUCUCGUGUUUCCCCACCUACCUCUGAGACGGGAGUUUGUGGGUCAGUAAAAACCUCUUAUUCAACAGCACUGCCAACUGAACUGAUCGACAUGACGCCGUUCUCUGCAAGCGAGUACGACCUUAUGUCACCCACCUGCUCUACUUCGAGGGCUUCAGUCCAGGAUGCAGGGGACCAUGGCACAUGGACUUUUCCUGAGCACUUGAUGUGCAAUCAAACAGAGAUCACGGCUCCCGAGAACCACCAUUUGGAGGAGAACGAAUACGGAGAACAGGGAGCUGAGUCUGAUGUCAGCGACGGUGUUGAGGUGGCUCCGCCCCAGCACAGUUCUCAGUCGCGUACAUCUCAGUCGGCGAGGAACGGCGCAUCGUGCGGCGAAGUGCGGAAAAAAAAUGUUUGCAUAUAUUGCAAGCAAAAGAGAAAUCUGAUAUGGCGCCAUAUCAAGACGGUCCACCGUGACGAGAAGGAAGUCAAGGAUAUACAGGAGUGUGAUUCUGAGCAGGAACGAAAAAUGAAAAUCACCGUGAUGAUCAACAAAGGCAACAUGGAGCACAACAAACUCGUCCUACAAAGGGGUGAAGGUGACAUGAUCUUGGGAAGGAAGUCGGACCAGGCGUCCGUGGACGACUACGUGCCAUGUCCUUACUGCUAUCUUUUUGUGGUUAAAACCAACAUGAUGCAGCACAUAAAACAUCACUGUGUGGCUCGCAAAACAGAAUGCCCAGACAUUCCCACGGUGCUGGCAGAGAGCCGGACGCUCCUGAGUGACGGCCAAGAAGAAAAUACUGGGUAUCACAAGGACAUAUUGUCUCGUAUGCACGACGAUGCAGUUACGAAGACCAUAAAGAACGAUGAACUCCUGAAGAAGUGGGGUGCCAACUUGCACGCGAAACUUGGAAGGUCGGGUUUUGCGCAGAUAAGCCAGCGCCUAAGGAUGAUGGGCGAAGUUGUCCAAGCAGCCGGAAAGAGCAUGCAAGAGCUGAUCAAUGGCGAAGGAUUUGAUACGGUUGUAAGUGCCACCAAAUCCGUCUGUGGGUUUGAGCAGGACAAGCUAAACGCCCACACGGGGCUGCCCACAUACAAAACUCCUUCAAAGGCCAUGCGGAUUGGAGGCGAACUACGACAGCUGGCUGCUCUCAAGAAGGGCAUUGCGCUGAUCAAGAAAGAAGAAAGCGAAGUGAAAGAUGCUGAGGCGUUCUUGUAUCACGUGGACCAAUUCUGGAAUGUGAAGAUCAGCAGCGUAGCGCUGAAGAACCGCGAGUCGAACAAGUAUGACAAGAAAGACAUGCUGCCCUUUACCAGCGAUUUGAAGCUUUUCACCGAAAAAAUGAAGGAACGAGUGAAAGAAAUGACAGAAAAGGGAAUACAUGGCAUGACAGACUAUGCAAGGCUGAGCAAAGCGGUUCUCGCCCGUUUGCUAGUAUUCAACAAACGCCGUCCUAAGGAGCUUAGCAGCAUCCUGCUGCAAUCAUGGAUCAACCGAGAGAUGUACAAACAAGAGACGGUAGAAGAAGUGAACAAGUCAAUGGGUGAAACAGAAAAGAAGUUGUUCAACGAGCUCGACGUCGUCAUGUCCCGCGGCAAGUGCGGGAACAAGGUCCCCACCCUGAUACCGAGCGACUGCGCGGCUCCGCUGCAGCUACUGGUAGACAACCGGGAGACGUACAUUGACAAGGAUAACAAGUAUCUGUUCGCAAACCCUCUGGCGAGGACUACAGGACACUACAACGCAGGCGUGGUGCUUAAAGAGCAGUUGUCGGACAUGGCACUAAACAGGGCAGAUCUCUUCCAUGCAACAAAACUACGGAAAUAUUGUGCUACAACGUCCCAGAUUCUAGAGAUGGGUGAAUUCGAUAUGGAGGUGCUCACCCGGCACAUGGGACAUGACAAAGACGUGCAUCGUGGGUACUACAGACUGUCAGACGCUACUCACGAACUGACGCGUGCCUCCAUCCUGAUGAUGAAGCUGGACGAAGGAUGCCUCUCAAAAUAUAGCGGACGGAGCCUGGAGGAGAUGCUCACUGAAGAGGACUUCGACGAGCCAGGCUCUGAAAAUGAGGGCGGUCCGGCUGAUGAUCGCCAAGAGGACGAUGAAGGAGGCCAUGAACAGCGGAAGAAGGACCGCAAAAAAAGUAAGUGAAAGGUUUGG